AUGAGCAGCCCCGACGCCGCCGCAAGAGACAAAUUCUACGAGGACCUGCACGCCGUCCUGGCGACUGUGUCGAAGGCGGACAAGUUGAUUGUCCUUGGUGACUUCAACGCCCGCGUCGGCACAGACCAUGCUGCCUGGAGAGGAGUGCUGGGUCCCCACGGUCUCCGCGGCUCAAACGACAAUGGUCUGCUGCUGCUUCGCACCUGCGCAGAACACGGCCUAAUCCUGACGAACACGUACUUCUGUCUGCCGGAGCGAGAGAAGGCCACCUGGAGGCACCCUCGGUCGCGCCAGUGGCACCUGCUGGACUAUGUCCUCGUCCGGAGGCGAGAUCAGCGAGACGUGCUGGUGACGAAAGCGAUCGCGGGUGCUGACGGGUGGACCGACCAUCGCCUCGUCAUCUCGAAGAUGCGUAUUCGCCUACAGCCUCGCAGGAGACCACAAGGUAAGCGACCCCCAGGUAAGCUGAAUGUUGCCUUAUUGUCUUUGCCCGCUCACCAUCUUCAUUUCAGCAAUGAGCUAACGGAACGGCUAGACAACCUUCCUAUCGCUGCCGUCGCCGACGACGCCGCCGCCGCCGCUGCCGAGAACGCCUCCGUGGAGAACCGCUGGUGUCAACUGCGAGACACGGUCCAGGCGACGGCACUCGCCGUCCUCGGUCGCGCUCCCCGCCAACACCGGGACUGGUUCGACGACAAUGACGUCGCCGCCAUCAGCAAUCUGCUUGCUGAGAAGAACCGCCUACACAAAGCCUACGUAGAUCACCCCAAUGAGGACAACAAAGCUGCUUUCGACCGCAGUCGCUGUUAG